GACAUGUGCAUGUAAUAGAGAAAGUGACUGGGCAGUAACAAGGACAACUGCGUACUCGGCAGGGGUCUGCUAAAUAUCGGCUUGACUAUGUGGCAGUGAAAGUAGCUGCGUGACAAUGACAGUGGAAACAGGGCAACAGCUGGGCACGGAGUGCUACACUGAACAGAAUUGUUUGAAGUUUAUGGUCGUCGACAGUAGUUGCAUAUCGGACAGUGACGGUAACUAUGAUCGACUGGGUGACAGCAACAAUGCGAGUGACAGUUCUGCCCAGGAGAUUGAAUUUGUGAUUAAAAACGGGGAUGGAGUGAGUCAGUCUGACAGUGAGAGCUCUCACAACGUCUGAAUAUUGACAUUGUGGAUGUAACAGCUGUAACCACAGGGAGAGCUCGACAUUGUACUAAGACGAUGAAUUUGAGCGCGUGACUGGCAGUGACAGAAAAAGUGGCUGCAUGUCAGUGAGGGUGACCGCGUUGGAUGGGCCAGCGCUGAUGUGACUUAAUUUGUCUGAUACUGUCUGGAUCUGACUUACAUCUUUUUGACAUUGUGAGGGUGGCAGCGGGGCUUCAACGCGGAACGCACAGUGUGUGAGGAGAACGAGCCGAAGAAAAGCUAUGAGCACUUUCCUCCCAAGCCCCUAAAUCUUAAAACUGGGCGGAGGGAGAGGCAGGAGCCAAGUGUCCUCAAGACACUACGAUUGGAUAAUACUCAGCCUGUUAGCCAAUCCUGUUCGAGCGGCGCCAAGCCUCUCCACCAAUGAGAGUGCGCCUGGGGACGCCGCUCAGCUCACAUCCCCGCCUUGCACAUGGACAAGUUGUUUUGGGAAAACGGCAAUUAGUCUUUUGUGUCUACUUCUCUGCCAUUCCUUGAAACAAGAUUCGAAGCCUAGAGCCGCCCCAGGGAGGGGAGGCGGAACUCCAGUAGACCUUCCCUAAGGAGGUGUGGGAAGCGGAAGGAGGGGCUGAGGUCAGAGGUCAGAGAAGAGGCUAGCCGCCGGCUUGUCCCAAGGUCUUAGCAUUGGUGGAGAGUCAGCGCGUGACGCAGGCCCCGCCCUCUCGGGAGACCCGCCCCCAGCACGUGACCGCGCCGCGCGGGGAAGGCCGGACCGCCCCCACCCCGCUUACACUCCGUCCGCGCCGGCCUCAAGAUGGCCGCGUUCUGGCGUCUCUGGCGCUGUUGAAUGGUGAAAUCUUUAUUGUUCCCUUUGGGCAAGUGUGUUCGUGUCCUCCAUGGCGCUGUCAAUAAAGAACGGCAGUUUGAAUCGGUGUUGAACAGGGCUGAUCCUCACAAAGUGGACUCUGGAAGAAGAGAGAAGUCCUAAGGGCCGAGUUGACACAAUGGAGCUCCCCAACUACAGCCGACAGCUGCUGCAGCAGCUCUAUACUCUGUGCAAGGAGCAGCAGUUCUGUGACUGUACCAUUUCCAUUGGUACCAUUUACUUCAGGGCUCACAAACUUGUCCUGGCUGCUGCCAGCCUCCUGUUCAAAACCCUGCUGGACAACACAGACACCAUCUCCAUCGAUGCAUCUGUGGUGAGCCCUGAGGAGUUCGCCCUCUUGUUAGAAAUGAUGUACACUGGCAAACUACCUGUGGGCAAGCACAACUUUUCCAAAAUCAUCUCUUUAGCUGACAGCCUACAGAUGUUUGAUGUGGCUGUUAGUUGUAAAAAUCUUCUGACCAGCCUUGUAAACUGCUCUGUUCAGGGUCAGGUGGUAAGGGAUAUCUCUACACCAUCCUCAGAAUCACUCAGGAAGGAAGCAGAGAAGCCUGAAGUAGAAAUCCUUUCCUCUGAAGGUGUUGGAGAGCCUCAUUCUUCCCCAGAGGUUUCUGCCACUUUGGCGGGCCCUGUGAAAGCUGAGACCGAAGAAGCAAUCCGUAGGGUUACCCAACAGAUGAGUAUGGAUCCUCCCACUGCUCAGGAGAUGCAGGGGAACACAGAAACCCCCGUGGAGACUUCUAAUACAGCUGAAGUUUGUGCACCCUCCUCUGUUGUACAAACCUUCAGUGAGGCAGAGGAGGCAAGCACAGAACCAGAGUGUGAGAGGAAACACUACCAGCUGAAUUUACUUCUAGAAAAUAAAGGUAUCUUCUCAGAUGCACUCUUGGUUACCCAGGAUGUUUUAAAAAGACUAGAAGAAUGUUCAGAAAUUAAAGGGCCACAGAAGGAGACCAUAAUGGAAUGUCUUGAGGGUGAAGAAGGACAUUCAGCAUUCCAGAGAAUUCUGGAUAAAGUCAGAGAUGAGAGCCUGGAUGUUCAGACUGUUAUGUCCCUGUUGAGGCUGUACCAAGAUUCCAGUCCUGCCAUAAAAACAGCUCUAUUAGACAGAAAGCCAGAAGAUGUAGAAACAGUGCAGCCAAAAGGGAACACAGAGGAGGGAAAGACCUUGUCUGUUCUGUUACUAGAACACAAAGAGGACCUGAUACAGUGUGUAACACAGCUGAAACCUAUUGUGGAUUUCCUGGAAACAGCCAAGGAGGAAUUCCUGACUGGCACUGAAAAAAGGGUGAUUCUGAAUUGCUGUGAGGGCGGAACACCCAAGGAGACAAUAGAAAAUUUGUUGCACAGAAUGACUGAAGAGAAGACCCUGACUGCUGAGAGUUUGGUAAAACUCCUCCAGGCUGUGAAGAUGAUGUUCCCAAACUUGGGCCUUCUGCUGGAGAAUUUGCAGAAAUUAGCCACUUUGCCAAGUACUACAGUCCAACCAAGCCCUGAUGAUUAUGGGACUGAGCUAUUGAGAAGGUAUCAUGAAAACCUCUCUGAGAUUUUCACAGACAACGCAGUGUUACUAAAGGUGAUCUCACGCGUGAAGAGUUUAGCCCCUGAAGAAAGAGAGGUCAUGGAGAAGCUUGUGAAAUGUGCCUCUGGUUCAGAUGGUUUUAGUUCCCUGAUGUCAGCAGUUCUAGAAAAGCAGACACUCUCUGCAACAUCCAUAUGGCAGCUGCUGCUGGCAGCUCAGGAGACAAAGACCUGCCCAUUGAACCUGCUCAUGGAAGAAGUACGAAGGGAGCCUGGUGCCGAUGCUUUCUUCCAGGCAGUGAUCACCCCAGAAAGUGCUGCCUUAGAAACAAUCCUGAGGCAUAACAAAUUGAUCAUAGAUGCCAUCCAACAAAGGAUUGAGCUCAAGCACUUUACCUCAGAGGAAGAGCACCUGGCAGAGACUGUGAAAGAGAUUCUGAACAUUUCAUCUGAGACAGCCAGCCCUGAAGAUUCUCUGAGAGCAGUGCUGAGCAGAGCCAUGGAAAAAUCAGUCUCAGCCAUUGAAAUAUGUCACCUCCUGUGCAGUGUCCACAGAUCGUUUCCAGGCCUGCAGCCUGUCAUGCAGGAGUUAGCAUACAUUGGUUUCCUUACUAAGGAAAAUGGAGAGAAGGAAACGUGGAAGUUUAAUAAUGAAUUUCACCUUAAAGCCAAUGGCAAAGAAGAUGAAAACGCAGCUGAGCCAGCCAAAGAAGCCUGCCAGUCUGGGGAACAAAACAAGGAAGGAGAGACUGGUUCCUUGCCAGAACACCAAGAGAAAGACACUUCCGCCUCCCCAGACAAUGCCAAGAAGAGCUUCAUCUGUAAAGCCUGUGACAAAAGCUUUCAUUUCUACUGCCGCCUAAAGGUGCACAUGAAGCGCUGCCGGGUGGCCAAGAGCAAAGAAGUGCAGUGUAAUGAAUGCAGUGAGACCAAGGAGUCUAAGAAAGAACUGGAGAAGCAUCAGCUGGAGGCCCAUGGUGCAAGUGGAGAGCCUGACGUCCCCAAGAAGAAGAAGAAGAGGCUUCCUGUGACAUGCGACCUCUGUGGAAGAGAAUUUGCCCAUGCCUCAGGCAUGCAGUACCACAAACUGACAGAGCACUUUGACGAGAAGCCUUUCUCCUGCGAAGAGUGUGGGGCAAAGUUUGCAGCCAAUUCUACCCUGAAGAACCACCUUCGUCUUCACACUGGGGACCGCCCGUUCAUGUGCAAGCACUGCCUCAUGACCUUCACCCAGGCCUCCGCCCUGGCCUACCACACCAAGAAGAAGCACUCAGAAGGAAAAAUGUAUGCAUGCCAGUACUGUGAUGCUGUGUUUGCCCAGUCCAUUGAGCUGUCCCGCCACGUGAGGACCCACACUGGGGACAAGCCGUAUGUCUGCAGGGACUGUGGCAAAGGCUUCCGGCAAGCCAAUGGUCUCUCCAUCCACCUGCACACCUUUCACAACAUAGAAGAUCCUUAUGAUUGCAAGAAAUGCAGGAUGAGUUUCCCCACUCUGCAGGAUCACCGGAAGCACAUCCAUGAGGUGCACUCCAAAGAGUACCACCCCUGCCCCACGUGUGGGAAGAUCUUCAGUGCCCCUUCCAUGCUGGAGAGGCACAUGGUGACCCACGUCGGAGGGAAGCCCUUCAGCUGUGGGAUCUGCAACAAGGCAUACCAGCAAUUGUCUGGAUUGUGGUACCACAAUCGGACCCACCACCCUGAUGUGUUUGCUGCUCAAAACCAUCGAUCCUCCAAGUUCUCAUCACUCCAGUGCAGCUCCUGUGACAAAACCUUUUCCAACACCAUUGAACACAAGAAGCACAUCAAAGCAGAGCAUGCAGAUAUGAAGUUCCAUGAAUGUGAGCAGUGUAAGGAGCUCUUCCCCACACCAGCUUUGCUACAGGUUCAUGUCAAGUGCCAGCAUUCAGGGUCCCAGCCAUUCAGGUGCUUAUACUGUGCGGCUACUUUCCGCUUCCCUGGAGCACUGCAGCACCAUGUCACCACGGAGCACUUCAAGCAGUCGGAGAGCACCUUCCCGUGUGAGCUCUGUGGGGAGCUCUUCACCUCACAGGCCCAGCUUGACAGUCACUUGGAAUCUGAGCACCCAAAGGUGACAGGCACUGAAAGCCAGGCAGCAGCCUCACAGGUGGUGCAGGUGAUCCAGACCCCGGAGCCGGUGGCCCCGACUGAGCAAGUGAUCACUUUGGAGGAGACCCAGCUUGCUGGAUCACAGGUGUUUGUGACAUUACCAGAUUCUCAGACAUCUCAGAGCAGCUCUGAGCUCGUGGCGGUGACCGUGGAGGAUUUGCUGGAUGGUACAGUGACCCUGAUCUGUGGUGAGGCCAAGUGAGUGGCUGUUCAUCCACUAGAGGGUCCUGCAUUUGCUCCAGAGAGGAAGCUCUGCGGCUUGCCCUUUGCCCUCUUUUGCUGUCUGUCCUGAGUGGUGAGCAUCUUAGCUUAGCACCAACCAAAACCUGCAAAACAGAAGCUUUGUUGUUCUCAUAGAACCAAAAAUGGCUGAGUCAUUGACACCAUCACAACCGUCCUCCAUAACAGACAGGCCUGCUUCCCCACAGGCCUGCUGGUUGGCCACUGUGACACUGUCCAUCCCAAGUGAAAUUUAGCUUCUGAAAUAGAGUCUGAAAGGGCAGUGGGAUGGGAGCUGGUGACCAGGGCAACCAAAGAGGUAUGAUGUGUCAGCAGCCCUCGGUGGGCAGAACGGCAGAUAACAGGCCUGGGCCCACUAAGUGGGCUACAAACACUGCUAGUGCCUCUCGCCAUUUGAAAAUGAGAGUGACUGUUUUUUUAGCACCAACAGACCAUCCAGGGACCCUGACCUUUAGCACACUUGGUUCCUUCCUCACUUCUGUCAUCCCCCCUCUGCUUGUGUUCCCCCAUAUCCAGUGGCUGUGCCCAGAACACCUAGUGGUGGCAAUAGAACGGGUAGCAAUAUAUUAACAGUGUAGGAAGCCCUCAUUUCCAUGCCUUGUCCAACCUUGUCAGUUGAGUCACCCUUCCCAAAACAAAGCCUUUGGAGUGUUUCUGCUGGAAGCAAAUUUGAGGCCAUCCAGCUGCAAAGACAGCCUCUUCCUUUCCAGGACAUUCUUCAUGGUGUUACUUACUUGAAGGCUGGUUCCCACAGCUCUUCCAUAUUAUCCUCAUCCUCUUCCUCUUCCUCUAAUCAGAGGCUAAAACUUGUUGCCUUACCUGGAGGCCUUGCUGGCUCCCUCUGGAGCACGUGAUAUACCUUGUGACCCAGCACUGGGCGGACUGUCCUGUCUGCAUGUAGAGAGCCACCACAAUUGCUCCUGGCCCUCCUCCUGCCACUGCUUCCAUCCUUGUGAGUGGGCUGCUGCUUGAGCUCCCCUAGGCUGCCAUACUUCCUGCAGGUCAGUGGUCCUUUGGAGUUUGAAUUUCACAAAGCUUUUUUAUCUCUAAUUCCUAAAAUAUAUAAUCUGAUAAUUAAUGGUUUGUGGAAUCUGUUAUGAAGUGCAAUUAGAUGGAUGUAGGCUCCUGCCGUUUGGAGAGAAUGACUAGCAUUUAUCUUCCUUUCCUCAGUGCCAAAAGGUUGAAGUCUGCUAGUGCAGUUUACACACCAGGCAGGGCUCCCUGCCACAUUGUGUAUCUUGACCCCCUGCAGAGGGGAGCACCAAUUUGACCCUUAAGCCCCAUGCUGGCAGAAGAUCAGCCUGCCCCUUCUUUCCAAGCACUUUUCAUAUCACAUGUACAGAGGCAGGAGGUCAGUUGGGUCAUGGCUGGAGCUUUUAUUGCUGCCACAGUCAGGAGGUACCCUGCUAGAAGGGAAGAAGGUAGAACCUCAACACCGGCUGGCUGGUCACUGGAUCCAGCUUUGUGCAGACAGCCCCCACAGUUUCCACAGCUCGGGCCAGCUCACUCAAGCCAACUGCUGCCUCCUGUCCUGUCCUGUCCUCAUUUUGAUAUGCAAAUCUCCUGAGCUUGUCAGUUCAGGGAACUUCUAUUCUGAAGUAAAUGAACUUUUUAAAAGGAGAGUCGGCCUCAGAAGCCAAAAACUGACCAGAAGAUGGUGCUCAAAUCUUUAAGACUUUGCCUCUGUGUGAAAGCCUCACUGUUUCUACCAAGGCUGUCCCUGUCUUCAUAAGGCUUUUCAGACCUGUGACCUGUGAGACCAGGAGAGCUCUUGAUCUGCGGGUAGCAAAAUGGCACUGAAUUUCCCCUUGGCACCAAAUAAGACCCACCAAAAGACAGUGGAACAGCACAUGCUUACAGGAUGAGAACGCAGCUCUUCAUAAACCAUGGGAUGGUGGGAACUGCAGUGAGUGUCACUAAAACUUCUUUCAGGCAAAAACCAAAAUAAAUAAAUCAGUUGCUGAGGGCCUGUAAGGGAAAGUGAUUUAAAACAAAAGUCUUCUGAAUAAAGAGAGCUGUAAGUUUCAAA